CCUCAGGGUUGAUGGGGAGGGGGGUGCCUCACUGUAGUGGUUGACCUUUUGACCCUCUGCAGCAGUGAGGAAGGUCUCUGCACGAGUGACUGGCGUGGCGAGUGCAAGCGCGGCUCCGGGCUCGUGGCUUCAUGACACUGGUUUAAGCAGCGAGUUGUUGAGAGUUAAGGAGAGACAAACGUAGGCGACUUGUCAGAUCUGAAGUGGACUGACUUGGCAUGGGAGAUCGGCAAGGACUGGUCAAGUCUCUUUGAUUCGUGUGGGCGGAGUCUGUGCUGUUGCGAGGCCUCCCUCCACUUUGUUUCUGAAACCGCGUCGCCUGGACACGACACGACGGGCCGCAGUGGUCAGUGGCAGCAUCCACACCGACCACUCCGCCUGGCUCUGCAGGUUGACGCCGCGCAGGAAAUGACAUCAUUCUGUGUUUCAGGUGCCAAGAUGAGUCUCACCUCCGUCAUGACAGGACUCGUCCUCUUCUUUGCCUCGGGGGUCGGAUCAGAACCAAACGGUCAGUCGCGGCGUGGAAGGAUAGCCAGUGAUGCCAGGUCACCUGGAGGCCAAGGGUCACCAUUUCUGGCCAGUCAUCUGGUGCCGAACCCGAUCACCUGCCUGACCCGCGGAGCCGACCUCACCGACCAAGGACUGCUGGUCCUGUGUCCUCCAGACUGCCUCCGCUCCAGGGGCUCGGUGUUUGGGACCGGGGUUUACGCCUCCGUCUCGUCCGUCUGUGGCGCCGCGCUGCACAGGGGCUUGCUGGGCGAGGCAGGAGGUCCGGUCCAGGUCCACCGGCUGCAGGGUCGCAACGACUACAUCAGCUCCUUCUCUCACGGCGUCCUCUCUCAGGCGCUGACCCGCUGGAGCGCCUCCUUCAGCCUCAGCAAGCCUGUCCCGCCGCCCCAGGAGCUGGCCCGUGAGACCAGCACCACCCAGCUGCCGGCCUCAGCCAAGAAGCAGAAGAAGGUUCCCACCAAGAAGGUCCCGGCCCCCGGGAACAAAGACUGUCCCAUGGACAUCGCCAUCGUCAUCGACAGCAGCAGCAACAUCGGCCAGCGGCGCUUCAACCUCCAGAAGAACCUGGUGGGCAAACUGGUGGCCAUGUUGAAGGUGGGACCCAGUGGACCUCACGUGGGUCUGGUGCAGGCCAGCGACGCUCCCAAGACCGAGUUCUUCUUGUCCAACUACACCCAACCCAAGGAGCUUCUGUUCGCCAUCAAGGAGGUGACUCACCUGGGGGGCAACACCAACACAGGCAAGGCCAUCAUGCAGACCACGGAGAGCUUCUUCAGCCCGGAGCGCGGCGGGAGGCGGGGCCACCCCCGCGUGCUGCUGGUGAUGAUCGACGGCUGGCCCUCCGACGACGUGGAGCAGGCGGCCAUGUUGGCCCGCGAGUCCGGGGUCAACGUCUUCGUGGUGUCGGUGGCCAGGCCUGCGCCGGAGGAGCUGCCCAUGGUGCAGGACAAGGACUUCCUGAAGAAGGCGGUGUGCAAAGACAACGGCUUCUUCAGCUACCAGAUCCCCAGCUGGUUCAGCACCACCAAGCACGUCAAGCCGCUGACGCAGCGAGUGUGUUCCGCCGACGCCAUGCUCUGCAGCAAGACCUGCUACAACUCCGUCAACAUCGGCUUCCUCAUCGACGGGUCGUCCAGCAUCGGCGACGGAAACUUCCGGCUGGUCCUGGACUUCCUGGCGGAGAUCGCGCGCAGCUUUGACGUCUCCGAUUUUGGCGCCCGCAUCGGAGCCGUGCAGUUCACCUACGACCAGCGGCUGGAGUUCAGCCUCUACGACCAUCCGGAGAAGGAGGAGGCCGUCAGCGCGCUGAGGAGCAUCUCCUACAUGAGCGGAGGCACGGCCACCGGGGAGGCCAUCACCUUCACCGUCCACAACCUCUUCAAACGGGUCGGUCCGGGCCGCAACUUCCUGAUCGUGGUGACGGACGGCCAGUCGUACGACGACGUCAGAGCCCCGGCGCUGGACGCCCACCGACAAGGCAUCACCGUCUACUCGGUGGGCGUGGCCUGGGCGCCGCUGGACGACCUGCGCUCCAUGGCGUCGGAGCCGAAGGACGGCCACACCUUCUUCACCCGCGAGUUCAGCGGCCUGAGCGACUUCAUCCAGCCGCUGGUCCGCGGCAUCUGCCGGGACUUCAACGACAACAACUGAGCUGGCGCGCACGUCUGCGGCGUGCCACUGACACGACAGUCACGUGACCCCGAGUCGCUGUGGCUCGUGGGAACAACAGGGGGCAGCAAAGGGCUUCCUCACUGUUGUUCACCUGUCAAUAAAGGUGGGGGGUCGGGGGGCGGUCUGCUCAAUAUCUUUGCCAUUUAGCUUCCUUCUCAACAGCGCUAACUGCUACUGAAUGAUCAGUCAAGCUGGAUGGCAACUCGCGGUUAGCGUGCUGAAACCACGUGCGUGUGUGUGUGUGUGUCCAUCAAGAAUGUCAGCUGUUUACUUUUGUUUCAUACUUGUGACAUUUAUUUUAUUCUGUUUGUCCUGUAGAUAAAAUCCUUACCACCUAUAAUCACGUUGUGUAUGUGGCCAACACAGACACGCACUAUUUAAGGGUUCAAGGGUCACAGCAACCUGAACAGAGUUGAGAAUGUUUGGUCGACUUGUUUUGAAUAUUUAAGAAUU